CUACUGAUAAGAGAAAUAGAGAAAACUAUGACGAUCUUUAACUGGGUGCAGAAAAAGCUGCACCAAAAUGUCAUCAAAGAUGGUGUGACGAAAAACGAGAAGAAGAAGAGAGAUGAAGGAAUAAGUGAGAUUGAGAAGAACACGAAAGCUAUAUUGGAUCAAGUGGGGUUAGUGGAUGCUCUUGAUAAUUGGUUCGAUGGAGUUCUCACCAUCGGCACAUUUGGUUUCGACACCUUGAACUUUAAAGAAGAAGAUGAAAAAGAUGAUGAUGAAUGUGAGAGUGUGGAUCUCGACUAUGUCGUAAUUGAUGGCAGCAUCAUCAAGAACGUGGACCAAGAGUUGGAUCCUCUUAUCUCCGAAGAAAAUAAGUUUUAUGAUCAUCAUAAAGAUGUUGGGGCCGUAUUGGAGAGUACUGAUCACUUUGGCUCGACCAAAACCGCUGAAACGCCAGUUGUAACGGUGGCGGCGGAGGCCGAGAUAGAGCCACAGAAGAAGAGGACAACACUUGCGGAGCUUUUCAUGGAGGACCACGAGGUCCACGACGAAGGCUAUGACACGUGGCAUGGCAAGCAACCCAAGAACCCUAACCUUGACGGUGUGGAGGUUAAAUAUUAUAAACAAAACGGUUCAAAACUAAGUAAGAAGUUCUCGUUUGUUAAGAAGAAGCUGGCCAUGUCAAAGUCCAAAGAUGAAGAAAAAGACUUACGUCCAAUCAAGAAAAUGCGUCAGAUGAUAAAGAGGAUGUUGAAGAAGAAGAUCCAUCCAGAUAUCGAUGCGACUAAGGCUUUAAAGAAGGACGUUCCAUACAAGCCAACUCGGAACUGUGAAGCUCUCGAGUCACAUUGUCUUCUUAACAUUCAAGAUUGCGUGGCCUGGAAGUCUUAGGACGACGACGUCGUACAAGAGCAAUCAUUGGAUCUAUUGCUUCCUAUAUUAUAUGUGAUUUUUUUUGUUGUUAUUUCAGAAUGUGUUGGUAUUGUUAAGACUGUUGAGAUGUAUUGCUUUCUUACUACAAACAUUACUAAGUUAUUACUAUUUCUUUCCUGUUAUGCAUAUUGUAUUUUUAUUACUAUGUCAUAUGUUUUCUUACUUAGACGUAUCUAUAUAUCAAUGAAUCGUUCUUAAAAGU